GUCCCAAAAUUUUUAACCAAUAUGAUGUGAAAACAUAAAGAAACUAAAAUUACCAUUUUGAGAAACACUUAUGUCCAAAUUUAGACGGUGAUUCAUAUUCGCUCGAAAAUUUGUAUCGAAUUUGACCAUCGCCGUUCCCAAGACUAACUUCAACCUGCAUAUACUCGUCUCUCCGCCCAAAAUCUCUAGGAAAAAGCAUUUGAUUUAUUCAUUCAUUCAGUCAAAAAUCAUACUAUCAAUGGAUCUUUCACUGGCUUCUUCUCCAAAUCUUCAGCUUUCUCUCACUAAAACGCUACCAUUUUCUCCCAGAUUCCACAAGCCCCUUCUCUUUUUCACCAAUUUCACUUCUAAACCGCAAAUAUACUCCAGGAAGUCCUUAAUCACCGGUUAUUACCCUAUUAGAGCUCAAACUUCGAAUCUGGGUAACACUCCGACCGAUGAUGAUGACGAUGAAGGUUUCGUCCUCGAAGACGUUCCUCACUUGACGAACUUCCUACCUGAUUUACCGACAUAUCCAAAUCCGUUAGAGUACAGCCAAGCCUAUGCAAUAGUUAAGAACACUUUUGUUAGUUCAGAAGAUGUUGUAGCACACCAAAUUGUUGUUCAGAAAGGCAGUCCAAGAGGAGUGCACUUUAGGCGUGCAGGACCUCGUGAAAAGGUUUAUUUCAAGCCAGAGGAAGUACGAGCUUGUAUUGUGACAUGUGGCGGAUUAUGCCCAGGGAUCAACACAGUCAUCAGGGAGAUUGUAUGCGGGUUGAAUUUUAUGUAUGGUGUUAAUAACAUACUUGGGAUUGAGGGAGGAUAUAGGGGUUUCUAUUCAAGAAACACCAUGGAAUUGACUCCAAAAAUUGUGAAUGAUAUUCAUAAACGUGGUGGAACUAUUCUUCAGACUUCAAGAGGUGGUCAUGAUACAAACAAGAUUGUUGAUAACAUCCAGGAUCGUGGGAUAAAUCAGGUUUACAUAAUUGGUGGUGAUGGCACUCAAAAAGGAGCCUGCCAUUUACAAGGUAUAUUCCAGGAAAAAAAAUUGUAUGACAGCUGCCAAUAUGGGGCAAUUGAAUUCUAUUUUUGGGAAUUGGCUGAAUCCACUAGGCCAAAUCAAUUAAAUGGCAACUGGCUGGAGUUACCCAAAUCAAGGGGUGGUUAUCAAAGGAAGUGGGAGGAAUUACCAUACGUAACCUUAGCAGCUACCAUAUUUAAUAUUAAGAAUAGGGUAUUAUAA